AUGCCCGCCACCACCGACCAGCUCCUCGUCUUCAGCGACGCGAGCGAGAGCGAGAACGACGGGUGGGAGCCUCCCGCGGCCCGCAAGAAGCCCGCGCCGGCCCGCAAGAGCGCUCCCGGCAAGAGCGCAAUCGCCAAGUCCGCCAAGACGAGCGGCGUGCGUCGGCCACAGCGGCGUGUGGCGGUGGCCGCGAGUGCGUCGAGCGACGAGGAGGACUCGGCCUCGCAGGACUCGGUCGCGAGCGACGGCGGGGUCGACGCCGCGUUCCAGGUCCUCAUGCGCAAGCUCGAGUCGCAGCAGAAGAAGGAGGGGGAGAAGGCGCGGCGCAAGGCCGACGCCGAGUUUGAAGCGAUCCGCGCGGCCAAGUACGACGAGGCGGAUGCAGAUAUCCGCGAGUUGAAGGAUGAGUUUGCUGCGAAGGCGAGCCGUGUGAGGAGCGUGCUCAAGCAGUGCCAAAAGGAGAUCGAGAGGGCCAACGAGCUGGAGGAGAAGAGCAUCCGCGAAUAUCGAAACCAGGCGGCGCACACGCUCAAGGAGUUCGAGGGGCAUCUGCGCGUGAUCGAAGAAAAGAAGGCGAGCGUCACAAACCUGAUCAACACGGUGUGCACCAAUCACAAGAAGAAGGUGGAGACGACGGUGGUGGCGGCGAAAGACGGCAUCGUGAGAAUCCCAAAGUCUGUGUUCGAGUCGGCGCCGGCUGAGGUAUCGUCGAGCAGCGACGUUGUGGCAAAGGUGCGGCGGCUCGAUGGAACAGUCGAUGAGCUCAAGCGUGUGACGCCGGACAACCCCAACUUUCAGCCGCGCAAGCCGACGCCCGGCAAAGUCAAGGCCGUCAACAAGGACGAGGCGCUCAUUGCCUUCUACACGCGCAAGGGCAUGCCGCUUCCUGACGAGCUCAAGGCGAAGGCCGAGGCGCUGAGGGAAGAGGAGGAUGCGGAGGCGAGGCGGGUCGCCGAGCGUGCGAAGCGGUUCGGGAUCACGCCGGCUGCAAAGCCGGCCGCGGCGCAAAAGGGCAAGCGGGGGCAGCCUGCGCAGGAGAGCGCCGGCGCGUCGCUGACGGAGGAGGAGCGGGCUGCGCGCGAGAAGCGCGCGAAGAGGUUUGGCGCCUCUGUUGGCGGCUCGGUGGGCGGCGGGGGCGGUGCGGCGGGGGCGUGCGCCCCAAGGAAGGAGCGGCCAAAGGGCGGGGUGAAGGUGCUGAGCGGGGUGGAGGGUGCGAUGGCGGCGGCGGCGCCGGUUGGGUGA